UAGCGGAAUGCAGUGGCAGAGGCAGCGCCUGGUUAGAAAAGACACCUUGUGAGUAAACAGAAAAUCUGAGAGGCUGAUGAGAAGGGACAGCCCUGUUUCACACAGCCUGGCACGAGGACAGCGCUGCCCUGAGAUUAGGGGAUUGAGCAAAAAGCUGGCGUGCCGAACUGCUGUUUUUAUAUAAUGGCUUUAGCAAACAUCCUCUAGGACCCAGUGGAAAUGCUCGCUGAGGCAAACUUGGGGAUUAAUGGCCAAUCAUUGAGCGUGGUGAGGGAACGGCUCCCAGGGAGAAGCUUCUGAGAGCCUGUCUGGAACAGGGCAGUGGGAGAUCCUGCUGCUAUCGUGCAGCGCUGGCAUUGGGGCGCUCCGAUGCUCGGAGCUGGGGGCUGCUGUGCUGUGGGAGGGUACGGCCGUGCAGUGUGUCCAGCCAGGCCCAGCAGGAUGCCUCACUUUGCAAAACUGCUUUUGUUAAUCUUCUGCUUGGUGCUGCUUGUGGAAAGCAGGAAGCACAGAAGGAGGAGGUGGACAAGCCAGCUGGAGCUGCAGAAGGCUGGUCACAUCUACAAGAAGAACCACGAUGUGACCAAAACUCGGAAGGGAAAGACAGAGCAGCUUCUCAGAGUCGAUGACCAUGACUUCACCAUGCGGCCAGCUUUUGGAGGCCCUGCAAUUCCUGUUGGAGUGGAUGUGCAAGUUGAAAGUUUGGACAGUAUUUCUGAGGUUGACAUGGAUUUCACCAUGACUCUGUACUUGAGGCACUACUGGAAGGAUGAGCGUCUCUCAUUUCCCAGCACCACCAACAACAGCAUGACCUUUGAUGGCAGGCUGGUGAAGAAGAUCUGGGUCCCAGAUGUCUUUUUUGUGCACUCCAAAAGGUCUUUCAUUCAUGACACAACCACGGACAACAUCAUGCUGCGAGUGUUCCCUGAUGGUCACGUCCUCUACAGCAUGAGGAUCACAGUGACAGCCAUGUGCAACAUGGACUUCAGCCACUUCCCCUUGGACUCUCAGACGUGUUUUCUGGAGCUGGAAAGCUAUGCUUACACUGAUGAAGAUCUGAUGCUGUACUGGAAAAAUGGGAAUGAAUCUCUGAAAACGGAUGAGAAAAUUUCUUUGUCUCAGUUCUUGAUACAAAAAUUCCACACUACAUCAAGACUGGCUUUUUACAGUAGUACAGGUUGGUACAAUCGUCUCUACAUAAGCUUCACUUUACGCCGACACAUCUUCUUCUUCCUGCUCCAAACCUAUUUCCCUGCCACUCUGAUGGUCAUGUUGUCCUGGGUGUCUUUCUGGAUCGAUCGCAGGGCAGUUCCUGCCAGAGUCUCUUUGGGGAUCACCACCGUGCUGACCAUGUCUACGAUCAUCACUGGGGUGAACGCCUCCAUGCCCCGCGUUUCCUACAUCAAAGCAGUGGACAUUUACCUGUGGGUCAGUUUUGUGUUCGUCUUCCUUUCGGUGCUGGAAUAUGCAGCAGUGAAUUACCUGACCACAGUGCAAGAGAGAAAGGAGAGGAAACUCCGGGAAAAGUUUCCUUGCACGUGUGGGAUACCUCAUUCAAAAACUAUGAUGCUGGAUGGAAACUACAGUGAAUCAGAUGCCAACAGCCUGGCAGGUUACACAAGAAGCCAGAUGGUCCCAGAAGAAGAAAAACAAGAAAAGAUGGUUGUGCACUUAGCCAUGAGCAACGCUUCUAAUUCAUCAAGGAAGAGAGGCCUGAAAGGCCAUGUGGGCUUGCGCAUCAUCCAGAACACUCAUGCAAUUGAUAAAUACUCCAGAUUAAUAUUUCCAGGCACUUACAUAUUUUUUAAUUUGAUAUACUGGUCUGUCUUUAGCUAGGCAUAUUGCACAGCAGUGAUCGAAGCAGAAGACCGUCACAAAACUUUCUUUGUUAGUACUUAUUAAAGUCCAGUUUGGUUACAAAUGCAGAAAACUGAUAAUUUUACUAGAAAACUGAUCAUUUUACUGAUACUUUGGAGGAUAAAGAGGAGGACACUUCCAACCAUGGGCAGCUCCAUGCACAGCGUCAUGGAGGAUCUUAUUCUACUUGUUGCUCUCUAACCCACACUCCAGCUCUCAUUGGCUUUGUGGUACAUGCUGUUUCUCAUACUUGAAAAUCUGUACUCUCUGUUUGCCCAAAAGGUGCUGUAUGUGUAUUUGGGGCUUGCAACAGUGAAAUGGACUACCAAGAGAUAUACUGUGCUGGGGGAUUAGACAUAUGCAACUUAGAAUCUCAUGAAAGGGUUGGAAUUAUAUUGCUUUCCACUGACUUCUGAACAAGACAUCCUUUUAGGGUCCACAUUGCCUUCUCUCUGGACAGGGCCUACAUUAAUACCGGAAGGAACAUUGGCUGACGAAAGUGCUGGUGGUAUGUUUGAGUGGGUGGUCUUUUUAUUUUGAGAUGUGAAGUAAGGAGCAAUGAUAAAGCAGGGCAAAGAAGCCCACAAACUCACAGAAGAUGUCUCCCAGGGUGCACAGGUAAUUCAAAUACUUGUGUGUGGCAUGCACCGUCACCGUAUGGGAAUGGGCAGCAUCUCUGGGACCCAUCACUUUCUCCAAAAGCAGAAAACUGUCAAGAGCAGUACUAGUAGUGUUCAGAGAUUUUUCUCAUCCCUGUGAGGAAAGCGCAGCUCACAGAGAAACUGUGUAUUCCAACAUGCUUCUCGAAACCAACACAUUGCCCUUUUGUUUAGAGUUUUCAGAUUGAGGGGGAGAGAUGCCUGCCAGAAUAUCCUUCUGCAGAAAUACAGGCAUGCCAGAAAUUGAAGCAGCCAAGAAUAAUACUGUGGGAUUCAAUGAAACCCUCUCUGGCCUCUGGCUCCAAGGUCAUUGUAAGCCCUUUGAAACAGCUGGAGAGCAUUGUAACAAGCCUUGGUGCUUUUCAUUUUUCGCCCUGUUAUGUCAGCUGAAAAUGCUGAGAAUAAAACCCAAGUCUUUCUACAUGAUAGCAACUAGACAAUGUUGGCCAGGUUUGCACACCUUUUGUUUCUGAAAAACAUCAUGGCUUUCUGGCUGUGGAGGAGAGUAUGUCUAUCAAAGUGUUUGCUGUUAAGCUGAAAUGCAGCAGAAUGUACAGAGACUGAAGCAUAAAGACCCAGGACUGAAGCUUAACACUGAUUCAGUGAUAAGAUUCAAUUAUGCAUGUAACUGGGGUUGGGACAUGAAAAUUCAGCUAAAUCACAUUAACGUAAGGAAAAAACAAACAAACAAACAAACAAACAAACACUAGUAAAACUGUAACUAUUUACUGGUGUGAUUUUUGUUUGUUUGUUUUAACACAGCAGUAAAUCUUGCAUCUGAAAUCUCAAGGGACAUAGAAGUGGGCUGGGAAUCGCAACCUCCAGACUAUCAGCAACACCCAGAAUUUUCUUUGUGCCUCAGAUAUUGCUGCCUAAGUCACACCAAUGGUCACACUUACUGGAAACAGGAGCGACCAGGGAAACUGAAAUGAGGAACUACAUUUUCCUUUUCAUCAGCCACAGUAAUAACUGGAAUUAGUGGAGUUCUGUGCGGAUAUAGAAGCAGGAAAAUACAGCCCAGAAAUCACUGGAGAGAAGGGGAGCUAUGGGAAGGCAGCAUCUGAGAGGAAGGCUCAUCCUGCAUCCCAGUCUGACAUUUCAAUCCUGAGCCAUCGGGUUCAUGCAUUUACCACUCAUCAGCCUUGAAGCUGAAACCUGGAUAACUUUUGCAUUAACAGGUGAAGAUAACUACGUUGAAGAGAUAAAAAUCUCUAAAGAAAGAGCCCUCUCAACUUUUGAGAAAUUAAAGCCUGAAUGAAACAGGAUGGACCUCUUCAGUAUUAGCAGCUUUGAGCAUGAGACAGUGAACAGCAUGGUGCUGAGGCGAUCAAGUGGAGUUGGCAGAAACCUUUGCUGUGGGAUGAAUGCUGCAGGAGCCAGUAGGGCUGCACUGCUGGUGCUGCUAUCUUCCUACACAACCCAUGCACAUGGAUUCAGCCUCCUAGUGCCUCUGCUUCUCCAUCAGGAAAAUGGGGAGCAAUGACAUCUACCUACCUCAGGAGGUGAUGAGGGGUUUAACUGACUUAAGGAGGGCAUGUACAGAGAAGUUAUGAUUUUUGAACAGGACUACCUUACUGUUGUUGUUUAUGCUGGUGUAUAUGACUGAUAGAGUAGUAUGUACUGGAACAUUCACAUCUGUUUCUAGAGCAUGUAACAUCAUCAAGGAGGGUAUAUUGUCACUAAAUAAAAACAAAAUCUCUAUCUUGAGCACCACUUACAACUACAACUCGUUAAACAAUAGAUGAAAAAUAUAGAUGUGAAUAAAACCAAGACAUCCACCUCUGCCAGGUUAUGAAUUUUGUUUUUCUGAUUAUUAAGAGGAGCCUGGCUAGACAUGAAGCUAGAGUAAAUAUUAAAGUAUGAUACUGAGAAGUAGUUUCAACUCUGAUUUCUCCUGAGUUACAAGAGACUUCAUGAGCACUGACUUGCAGCCACAAGAUCCAACCAAUGUUUUGGAAAAUAGUGCCUGAAGAAGCUGGGCUCUGACAACUGUGUGAUGGAUGCAGCCCAGUUCUGUAAAGCACUGCGCAUCUGGACAAUUAACCUACUAAAGGACAGGUUUUUCAGAAGUGCAUAAGGGAUUUGUGGAAAUAAAGCCUACUAAUGAGUAUACCAUCUCCACAUAGCCCAAUCCAACUGGGAGGAGACAGAACGUCAGUCCUACUCCUAUGUCUGCUUGCAUCGUAUUCUUACCUCUGUGUUACCGAAUUGUGUAUUUAAAAAAGCAAAACCACCCACAACAUAUACACACACACACACACACACACACACACACACACACAAAUAUAUGUAAUGUACAUACAGGUAGCAAAUAAAAGAAAACACUGGAAUGUGUACCAAUGUCAGAUAGCGUACAUAUGUGAAAUUGCAAUAUGUUGAAUGUAAAUAACACCAUGCCUGAGAAAAACUUACAGAAUAUGUUGAUCUGGAGAAAGGCCCUUAUUGUCAGAAAAAAGAAAAAAAAAGAAAAAAAAAAAAUAAAAGCAGCACUGGCCAAUUAUUCCAUAAACAGUAAUUUCUCUGUGCUCUCAUGUUUUCUUCAGAAAAAAGAAUGCGUUGAAAAGAUUUCAAGAUGGCUGAUGCUAAUCUGGCUGUGCAAUGGAUACAAACUACUGUGCUGAUAACUGUAAUCAAACCUAGUAAUUAAAUAGCAACUGGAAAGGGUGGAAACGAGUCCACUUUGUGGUGUGAAUUUUAAAGUAUGAUUUAAACUCUAUUUCCAAACAUUUGCUACAUGCAAGUUAAUGACCAGUGGUAAAAUAUUUGAAUAAACAUCUUAUUUGUAACUGAUUUUAAAUAAAAAGUGUCUCAGAAGGUGGAAGAAACUCAGUAGAAGCAUGCAAGUUGUUAAGUACAUAAAGCUCCUUGGAAAACCAAAGCCAUUAAUUACUGCUAUAAGCUACAGAGAUCUUUUGUGAUAACUACACCUCACAACUCAAGAAAUUUUAAUAAUUAAAAUUUCAGGGCACGUUUUCAAAAGCCUGAAUAGCAGGUAGAUUUCUCAGUCUCCAUUUGACUAUGAAUGAAAUCUUGUCAUGUAAUUCCUCCUUUGUGCUUUGAAAAGGUUCUCUCUGUAUGUACUAAUGGAAAAUAAAACUGCCCAUAGGCCCCAGCUGUCCAAUCUUUGCUGUU